CUGUUUCCGGUCAGAUUGGCGCUGGUCUCCGUCGCUUUUAUGGGCGGCGAAAAGGUGCUGCUAAAUCUGGCAGCUAAAUAGGUUUUAACUGUCGCUCCUUUGCAGUUCCAGUCGCCCGUCAUGGCACCCUAAAUGUUCAAUGGACCCCUGCUUGCUAACUGACUGCAUCCUGUCUGCGGCUGGCUGUAGGCGCUGACCCCUGGAGACACGAGCCGACCGAAGCCGCCGUGAUGAGCUCGGAGCACCAGGGCGACGGUGACGACGCCGACGAGCCGCAGGAUAGGCCCGGCAGCACCGGCAAGGAAGUAGACCCUGUCCCCCACCAGUCGGAGGAGGAAGACGUCGCCGCCAGGGAGGUCUGCGCUUCGCCGCCGGAGAGCAGUAGCGAUGAACGGCCUAAGCGCAGCGGCUCUCCGCGGCUGGAGGACGGAGGGCGCUGCAGCCCGCCGGCCGCCGCUCCACAAGCUGGCGGCGGUGGGAGCUCCGUUAGCGAGAGCUUCAGGGGGAACAGCCUGUUUUCAUGGCUGCAGAGGAGGACUAUACGACGGGGGCUGUUCGUGGACCCAGCCAGGGAUAACUUCAGAACAAUGACCAGCCUGUACUGCUCCAUGAACCCGGCCGUGGAGUCAGUUAAUCUGAGCUCUCAGACCCACGGAGCUGUGUUCAACCUGGAGUACUCGCCGGACGGGUCUGUGCUGACUGUGGCCUGUGAGCAGACUGAGGUCCUCCUGUUUGACCCCAUCUCAUCCAGACACAUCAAAACCCUCACAGAAGCCCACGAGGAUUGCGUCAACAACAUAAGGUUUCUGGACAAUCGCCUGUUUGCCACCUGCUCUGACGACACCACCAUUGCGUUAUGGGACCUUCGCAAGCUGAACUCGAAGGUGUGCUCCUUGCACGGGCACGCCAGCUGGGUGAAGAACAUCGAGUACGACACCAACACUCGUCUCUUGGUCACCUCUGGCUUUGAUGGCAACGUCAUCACGUGGGACACCAACAGGUUUACUGAGGACGGCUGCCCACACAAGAAGUUCUUCCACACUCGCUAUCUGAUGAGGAUGCGUCUGACACCCGACUGUUCCAAGAUGCUCAUCUCUACUUCCUCAGGGUACCUACUCAUCCUUCAUGACCUGGACCUGACCCAGUCCCUGGAGGUGGGCAGUUACCGCAUGCUGCGUGCCAGACGGACCCCCCUCAGUUCAGAUGGAGGAACGUCAGCAUCUAGGUCAACUGCGGCGCCACGACAGGGACAUGACUCCAAGAUUCAUCCUCACAGAGAAGGUCUCUCCCCAAGGAACAGCCUGGAAGUUUUAACCCCCGAGAUCCCAGGAGAGAAGGACCGAGGGAACUGCAUCACAUCCCUGCAGCUUCAUCCGAAGGGCUGGGCCACGCUCAUCCGGUGCUCCAGCAACAUGGAUGACCAGGAGUGGACAUGUGUGUACGAAUUCCAGGAGGGAGCGCCCACCCGGCCGCUGGUGUCUCCCCGCUGUUCCUUACGCCUCACUCACUACAUUGAAGAGGCUAAUGUUGGGCGGGGCUACAUCAAGGAGCUGUGCUUUAGCCCCGACGGACGGCUCAUAUGCUCCCCCUAUGGCUACGGCGUCCGUCUCCUCGCCUUCGACGAGAGCUGCAGUGAGCUGGCCGACUGCUUGCCCGUCCAGACCAGCUGCCUGCGGGAGAUCCGCUCCAUCUACUCUCACAGCGACGUGGUGCUAACCACCAAGUUCUCCCCGACGCACUGCCAGCUGGCCUCAGGCUGCCUCAGCGGCCGUGUGGCGCUGUACCAGCCCAAGUUUUAGCAUCUAGGCUUAUUGAAAAACAGAGCGCUGCAGACCUGGGUGAAGACGUACCUAAGAGAAAGUCUGGAAAUAUAUCAAGGAAGCAUUUUCCCGAUGCUAACACUGACGAAUACAUUUCUACAAGACAUCUGCAGUGGCCCUUUAUAUCAUUUCGGUCUCACUGCAGAUAUUUAAUGACACUAAUAUUCUGUUUAGUACAAUUCUGCGUACCAGUUAUAUCAACACAAUCCAAAAAGAGAAGAUAUUUGGACUAGAGAUGUACACACCUGCUAUAAAAGUCUGAAAAAAUGAAGCUAACUAGAGACGCACCGAUCAGAUUUUAAUUGCAGAUUUAUGACCUCUACUUUUUUAUGUAGAGCUUUCACCUGUAGAUACCUGCUUCAUUCAUUUCCGGUUCUCUUAAAAACUUAAAAAAUACAAUAACAGGUUUUAAAUUAUUCUUCAUUCUUUUUUCAUUAUGUUAGCUGUUAUUUAUUAUUCACAUUAGGAGCAGAAAGUGUUGCACCGCAUGUUUUUGUAGAACAAGGUUAUGCUAUUUAAAAUCUAAGACAAAAUCUUUUCCAUUACACUUUAAACUAUCGUUAGCAUCUUAGGUAAUUAAUUAGCAUGAAUAGCAUUUAUAAAACAGCCUUCUCCAAUUUUGAUGAGUUGUCAUUUAAUAUUUCAUGACACGUAAGAUCAAAAUAGAUUUUAAUGUAAUUUAAUUUCCCUCCUUGCUUUCCUGUACCCCAUAUAAACCUCAGAAAUUUCUCAACAUGGUGUAGAAAAUUGUUUCCUUUGUUAGAGCUUCUGGCUUAAUGUAAAACGCUUAACUUUGAUUCUUCACUCAGUAUUAGCCUUGACACCGAAGAGUGUUGUUGUCAGGUAGCAUUAUGGUACAUUCAGUGACUGGAAAAAAUGGUUGGAUGUUUGAGUUUCCGUGCAGCUGGACGUCUGUCUGAAGCUAAAUAGAAAACAUGGGGUUCUUUUACCAGACGUGCUCCAGUACAUAAAUGAAGACCCAGGUCUGCAGCGGUUAAAACGGGCUGUGUUCGUUUAGGUGCUAGCUGUCAAACAGGCAGCCAUUGGCUGGGGUAACAGAGGAAAAGACUGAUGCUUCUGAGGUUGGACACUUUGAGCCUCAUUAGCCCUGAAUUUGAAAUAAUAAGACAAAAGGAAACCUCACAGGGUGGGGAAAAAAACAACAAGAAACUGUAUUUUGGUUAAACUUUCCUCCAGGCUGAGCAGAAGUUUGAUGCAACUUGACAUCAGGCAAGGACAAAGUAUGGGCUGUUUGUUGCUCAUUUUGUUACAGCGGAUUCAUUUUUGGCUCUUUAACAGGAGGAACACCCAGUUUUUUGUUUUUUUUGUUUGUUUUUAUUGAGACUCUGAACAUCCAGAUGUUGCCAUCUCAGGAGGACAACAGUAACGAUGCAAAAUAUCAAGUAGAGAAUCCUGGAACAAACGAGCUUGUUGUUUUUACUUGACUUCCUGCGCUGCGCCUUGUGCCGCUCUCUGCUGCCUCACUCAUGCCUUCGCCACAGGUGCUGCUUCUCUGCUCACACAAUCUGAACUUCAUGGACCUACCUUCCCUCACCUGCCUUCUGCUUUUCUUUUUUGCUCCCAACCUGAUCUCUGACCUCUUUCCAUGUCCAGUUCCUCUGCAGUUUUUAGUUCACUUGGUGUGUAAAUGUCAGCACUGAUUGUUGUCACUUUCUGGCCUUUGAAGCUACUCAGUUUUCCCCACAGGCGAUGGUUUUAUCUGACAUCUCUAAACGAAAACAUCCAGCCACUUGAGUAUUAAUUCAGAGGAUGGUACUGGUAACUAUUUUUAUAGAACAUAGGAGCUCCUAUUCACUCAUCUCCAGAAUAAUAGUUUACAUAGUUUUUACCAGAAUAAUUCAAACUGAAAAAAUUUGUGUUGUUCCUGAAACUGUUAGUGCAGUUGGAAUCUGAUCAGCGUCACCAAGUUUUCAGUUUUUAUUAGUUUUCAGCCACCUCUGGAGCUUUGUGAAACAUUUGUUCAAAGCCUCAAAAUGAAUUAUAUCUUUGAGGAUUAGAUAAAAUAACCACCCAAUGUGAAUAAAUGGGUUAUUAAAAGCCUCAGUAGCACAAAUAUCAGUGGCCCUACUUUACAACCAUAAUUUUCUUCAAAAAUAUAUCCCAUCUAAAUUUAUCUGGGGAUCUUUCCUUUGAUCCCGUAUUCCAACUCAACCCUCAGGUUUUCUGCGUAGUUUAAAUCCUGAAUGUUUGAGUUUACUCCCAAAGGCUACUGGAUUAUAAAUUAAAAUCUGAUAUCACAAAGAGUCAUUAAACCCUUUAACAUGAUUCCCUUGCUGUUUGAUAGAGAAAUGGGCCCACAGCAUUAUAGGUCCUCCACUUUACUUGAUUCUUUGUUUCGCAUUAAACCCAUCUGUUUUGCCAUUGCCUGAAAAUAUUCCUCGUAGUCUCAUUUUACAAAAUCACAGGGUUCCAGUUAAAGUCCCAGUACCACCUCCAUAAGUUCACAUCAGUGACAAGUGGAAGAACUUAUUUUCUGGUAUCACUUUGAGAUGUCUUCUAAUGGUUGCCAUGGAGACCUAAUGCCCUAAAAAAAUAUCAGUAUGAAAGUGCAGCUUUUACCUCCCUAACCACAGAGCUCUGUUCUGGUUGGAUAAAAGAUGUGGCUUCUGUGUCACGUAUUUGUUGGACCUACCAACAGUUGUGCCAUUUAAGAUUUUCUUUUUUUUUUUGCUCUUAUUUCUGUAGAGAGAUGCAUCUGCUCCACCACCCUCUGGAAUCAAAACUAUUAUUGCAACUAAUUCUUUCUUUGCAUAACAGAAAGAAUUGAUAGAAUAUCUUCUGUGGUCUGAUGGGUGGUCCACAAUGUAACACAACCACCGUACUGAAUGACUGAAAGAGACAUUAGAACGUGGCUACGUGAACGUGAACUCCUGCUAUGCACAGCAGCCUUUCUGAUGGUUCUUCUUUGUUAUCUAUGCUCAGCUGUCUGUUGCCAAAAUAGGAUUUUAUUGAUUAAUGAGUUUGAGCUGAGGACUAAGAAAACGGUUAUGAUUUAUUUAAAAGAAGAUCUAUUUAAACAGACUUCACUUUUUUUCUGUAAACAUAAUUGUUUCUGUUUGCUGAAGGUGGCGCUGUUGCUCAGUUUAUUUCUGACUGUAAAACUACAGUAUGUGUUUACAGUGGCUUUUUGCUUCUCUGCUGUGUGUGAACCGGGCAUCUGCUAACUAAGCAGUGACUAAUAUCCCUGCUGAGAGUAUCAGAGGUGGGUUAAAUUUCUAGCUCAGAAGUUACUCCUUGAACUGUCCAAGCAGCAUUAUUUGUGUCCAUCAUACCUCGGUUAACCGUGUUUGUAACCAGCAGCUCGCUUUCAGCUCACUCAGUCUUUUUGCUUUUACCUACAUGAACCUGAUCCCUCCCACCUAAACGCAGACAUGGACAUCUUUCGCCACGUUCAUUGUGGCCAACUGAGCCGAGCGUGAAGGGAUGCUGUAUAUUCUCUGCUGCUUCUACUUCAGCUACACUUAACAGCUCUUUGAAGUGUCUUAUCCACUAUUUUCACUCCAUAUAUUUAAGAGAAAGAGGAGAAAACUGGGUUGUUUGGUGUGUUUUUUGGAUACCCUCCUUUCUUAAUUUUAACGUGUAUUUAGUCAUGAAUUUCAUGAAUGUUCACACUAUUACCUUUUUUUUAUGUAUGCACCAUAAAGUGAAUACACCUGAAGGAUGGGUAGAGAAAAUAAAACACGUUUAAAUGUU